AUGUCAACAAUCACACCAACCCCGCGCCCGCUGCUGCUCAAGAAGCCCGUCAAGCUGGCGUGCGUGCAGCUAGCAAGCGGCGCCGACAAGGCAGCGAACCUCGCGCACGCGGCGGCCAAGGUCGCCGAGGCAGCCGCGGGAGGCGCCAAGAUCGUGGUGCUACCCGAGUGCUUCAACUCGCCGUACGGGUGCGAGUUCUUCCCGUCAUACGCAGAACCGCUUCUCCCGUCACCACCCCCGGCAGAAUCGAGCCCGAGCUUCCACGCGCUGGCGGCCAUGGCCCGCGACAACGGCGUGUACCUGAUCGGGGGGUCGAUUCCGGAGGUUGCCGAGUCGAACGGGAGGGACAAGAAGUACUACAACACGAGCCUGACGUUCGGGCCGUCGGGGGCGCUACUAUCAACGCACCGCAAGGUGCACCUGUUCGACAUUGACAUACCAGGGCGGAUCCGGUUCCGCGAGUCGGAGGUGCUGUCGGCGGGGUCUGCAGUGACGACGGUGGAGCUGGGCGAGUACGGGCGCGUAGGUGUAGCCAUCUGCUACGACAUCCGGUUUCCGGAGCUGGCCAUGAUCGCGGCGCGGCGCGACGGCUGCUUCGCUCUCGUGUACCCGGGCGCCUUCAACACGACGACGGGCCCGCUGCACUGGCGGCUGCAGGGCCAGGCGCGCGCCAUGGACAACCAGAUCUACGUGGCCCUGUGCAGCCCGGCCCGCGACACGACCGCCGGCUAUCACGCCUGGGGACACAGUCUUAUUGUCGAUCCCAUGGCCCAGGUGCUGGUCGAGGCCGACGAGAACGAGACCAUCGUCAGUGCCGAGCUGGACGGCGCCAGGAUCGAGGAGGCCAGGAGCGGCAUCCCGCUCAGGGACCAGCGGAGGUUUGACGUCUACCCCGACGUCAGCCAGUAG